UGGAUGAUCAGGUGGAUGGUAUAUAACGAACAAGGAUGAAUGCAGAAGAUCGCUGAAGGAGUUGCAGGCUGCGAGAGACUCCUGAAGAACACGAGGAAGAAAAAGAAAACAACAGAGCAUCUACGGGGGGUUUGGAAGUCAUCCAGUAUGCGUCUGCUAGCGGUUUUGGCUUUGCUCUUCUGCGUAGUGGUGUGUGUGGACCAGGCAAGAGCAGAAAUGCAGGCAGUGAAGCUGUGUGGUCGGGAGUUUCUGAGGGCUGUGGUCUACACCUGUGGAGGCUCCCGUUGGAAGAGAUUCUUCAGUGAACCAGACAUGGGCGGUCUGUCUGCAGGGGAGCAGAACAGCUUGGAAAACCUUAGCAUCCCGGGAUCUAACUGGAGCAAACGGGACAUAAACAACAUCCUGACAAACUUGUGCUGUCAGGUGGGCUGCAGGAAAAGCGAACUCACCUACUUGUGCUGAUGGACUAUUUGGUCUUUUAUUUUUCCUCUCAGUGACCAAAAUAACUGCCUUGUCUCCCAUCUUGCCUUAAAACCUAAAUUUCACUCUGACGUCUAAUAUGAUCGUUGUAGAAAAGAGAUAGUGAAUGUGGUGCAUCUGUGAAUUUUUGUGUGAAUUUGAGCUCAAUAACUUUAUCAAUAAAUACAUGACUGAAUGUAUUUUAAGUAGAGCUUGUAUCAGAGCUUAUAGGAGUGUAUUAAUUGCAGAUCGAUUAAGACAGCCAUCUAAGAUCUCUAAGACACUUCGUCAGGUCUUAGAUGGCAGAUAACUAAGACCUGAUGUCUCAGAUAUGUGUGCAGAAUAAAAUAACUGUGGUACAAGUUUGUAUAGCUUAAAAUUCUGCUUUUAUGUCUAACACUUAUAUUUUAAAUUGUUAUAAGAAAAAUAAAUGUU